AACUCCCGCCAAAUUGUAAUCCCUGAUUCCCUCCUCACCGACAACUGGUUACUGCCGGUAACCACAAAAGCCCAUUUUCACACUCACGCAUUUAUUUAAACCCCCAAUUUUCACAAAAGCAAAUUCCACGCAAUCCAAAAUUUUUCCCUCUUUUUUUUUUCUUUCAUCUCUGUCUUUGUUGCUUCAACCCCUUGUAGCUUCCGCUUUCGACCUUUUAUCGGUUCCCGGUAUCUGGUGUCUCUCACCCCCCCGAAAUCCGGUCUAGGGUUUGCUUUUUCUUUCCUUUUUUUUUUUUUUCGAUCGUCGAUGAGGGAUAUCCAAUCUAGGGUUAAGAUUGGUUUAUUCGUGGUGCCAAAAGAUUACUAUUCCGUUACGUCUCCGAGAUUAUGAGUGCCGUAAACAUAACAAACGUCGCCGUUUUGGAUAACCCGGCUGCGUUUCUAAACCCUUUCCAGUUCGAAAUAUCCUACGAGUGCUUGACUCCGCUUAAAGAUGACUUGGAGUGGAAACUUAUUUAUGUGGGUUCUGCUGAGGAUGAGACUUAUGACCAACUCCUAGAAAGUGUGCUUGUUGGUCCUGUCAAUGUUGGCAACUAUAGGUUUGUACUUCAGGCAGACCCACCAGACCCAUCAAAAAUCCGUGAGGAGGAUAUCAUCGGUGUCACAGUGCUGCUAUUGACAUGUUCUUAUCUGGGACAGGAAUUUAUUAGAGUGGGAUACUAUGUGAACAAUGAUUAUGAUGAUGAACAGCUGAGAGAGGAACCUCCCCCGAAGGUGUUGAUUGAUAGGGUCCAAAGGAACAUUUUAGCUGACAAACCAAGAGUCACCAAGUUUCCAAUCAAUUUUCAUCCUGAGAACAAUGAACAAGGGGAGCAGGCACCCUCUUCACCUGAUCGUGCCACUGAAAUCAAUGCUAAUGGAGAAGAACCACCUGCUGUACCUGUAUAAUCUUCAUGAGAAAUGCUAUGUUGAGAUUAAAGUGGCUGUGUAACAGAAUCCAAAUUUCUGUCAGUUUUGGCAUGCAGAUCAUUCAGGUGACUUUGUUUUUUUGGAUGUCAAAUAUCCCUAUUCUUGGAAGAAUGGCUUGUCGUCCAAUAUAGAGCUUCAAAUGGGAUUUUGCUGUGCCAUCAAUGUUCCCAAUUGUUUAAAGAAUUUUGGAUGUCCCAUAUGAUUGUUUCCAAUUUAAAGUUGUUUUUAGGCACAUUUUUAAAGACUUGUCAGUGUAUCAGUCUUGUUGGAAUUUUGAGUUGGUUGCAGGCAGUCGGGGUUUCCACAAGAUUUUGGAUGGGAAGUGAGUGCAAUUAUAACAUGUGAGAGGCCAA